AUGAGCGAAAUCAAUGAUAACAACAAAAAACAUUUUAUAUCAACUGAUGAUGACAAAUUGGACAAAUUAGAAACAGAUGCUAGUAUCUUAGCUUCAAAAAAAUUGAAAAAAGAUACUGAAGAUAUUGUUGAUUCUAAUGAAUCUUCCCAAGUAGAAGAGCAACAGUUGCAGGCAAUUGACAAAUUAACAAAUGUUAAUUUCAAAAAUAGGACUUUGGUCGUGAAUGUCGAUAAUAUUACAGAGCAACAUCGGCAAUCAUUGUUUGAUCAAAGGCAUGAAAAAAGGAAAAAAGAAUUUUUUGAUCCUACCGGAGAAAUUCAACGUUCGCCAGAAGAAUUGCUUGCUGACCAA